CAAAAUGGCAGUACCCGCUCUCGGGACCGCUCCCGUCCUCUCCACACCCGAUACGCAUAUCUUUGAAGAUCCUACACCUGCGGUUGAUACUUCGAAUCUUCCCCGACUUUCGGAUGAGCAACUUGCCAUUACUUAUGAGAUUGAAAGGACGGUCAGCGAGAUUCGACAGGGACAAUGGAGAAGGAUAGCGCUACAGUUUCCGGAUCAGAUGUUAGUAGAUGCGCCGAGGGUAUAUGAGGCGCUUAGUCGAGGGCUCAAGAAUCAGAGGAGGGCGAAGAAUCGGACUACACGCUCAUCAGAGAAGGAGAACGGGAAGGCAGGAGUGGAAGAGCUUGGUAAAAAGAUGGAGGAUGUAUCCGUAGAGCAAGAAGAAGACCCUGAAGAGAAACUCUUCAUACUUGCAGAUACGUCAUAUGGUGCCUGUUGUAUAGAUGAGGUUGCUGCAGAACAUGUCGACGCAGAUGUGGUGGUGCAUUAUGGCCGAUCAUGUCUUUCUCCUUGCUCGAGGCUACCGGUUAUAUACGUGUUUACGGCACGACCGCUCGAUCUUGACUCUGCAAUAUCUGCCUUCAAGCAGACAUAUCCGGACAAGGGCCAAAAGGUCAUCCUUGUCGCAGAUAUACCGUACUCGCACCAUGUUCUUCCGCUCCACGACCGACUGCGAGAAGAAGGCUACACGGACAUCUACGCAACAGAUGUCAUCCACAACCCGUCAUCACCCCUCCCGAACCGAACCAUUCCACCCGAAAUAAUAGGCUCGCAAGACUCUCUCCACGCAUACCAACUCUUCCAGAUCUCCUCCCCACCAACCUCUCUCCUCCUAACCCUCUCCUCCCGCGUCGCCGCAAUCCACAUCUACCCCACAGACGCCCCAUCCACCACCACCCUUCUAGCGUCUACAGCCCAAACCCUCCGCCGACGGUACGCACUCCUAACUUCCCUCAGCACCGUCCCUGUCUUCGGCAUUCUCAUCAACACGCUCUCAGUCAAAAACUACCUCACCAUCCUCUCACACGUAAAGUCCCUCAUCUCCUCCGCGGGCAAAAAAUCCUACACCUUCGUCGUCGGAAAAGUGAACGCCGCCAAGGUCGCAAACUUCAGCGAAAUCGGGGGCUGGGUCGUCAUUGGGUGCUGGGAAAGCAGUUUGAUGGAGAGCAAGGAUUUCUGGAGGCCUAUUAUCACGCCGUUUGAGCUUGAGUUGGCGCUGAUGGGGGAUGCGGAGAGGGUGUGGACGGGGGAGUGGGACGGGAAUUUUCAGGCUAUUUUAGAGAAGCCGAGGGGAUCGACAGAGCCGGGGGUGUAUCAUGAGAAGGCUCCGGACGGAGCGGAUCAGGUUCUUGGAACUGGGGAUUACGAUUCAGAGGAAGAGUCCGCUCCUCCGGAAUUCGAUCUUAGGACUGGGCGAUAUGUCUCACAUUCGCGACCAAUGCGAUCUUUGGCUCCUCCAAGGGAUGCCAAUGUCCAGCAAGAGGGAGGAGGUCUGACUGUGCCAACAAGCACAGCCUUGACUACCAGAGCGAAAGGCGAAAUAGCACAGAUUGGAGGCGUCGUAUCGCCAGGCGCAGAGUUCCUGCGGUCUAAGAGAACGUGGCAGGGCUUGGGAAGCGAUUUCAACGCUCCAACCGAAAACGAUGAAAAUGUGGGCGCGAAUGGGAAUGGGUAUGCGGCACGCAUGGAAGAAGGGAGGAGUGGGAUUGCGAGAGGGUAUGUAGUUGGUGGUGAUACUACGAAACACUGAAGUCAG